CGUCCUGCGUAAACAACAUACAACAAAAACUAACAAUGUGGCAAAAUAAACAACAAUUUACAAUUUUUACAAAUUUAGUCUUAAUUUUAACACAAUUUUUAAGUGAAAUUUAUUGUCUGCAAGAAAAGGGUACCGAUGGCAAACCAUUGGCCAAAGCAGCAACAUUUCAUUUUCCCGAAUAUGCCUACAAGGAGACAAGUAAAAAUGAACUAACAUACCAUGAUUUCGAGGUUAAUUGUGAACAUCAUGUAGCCUGCGAAAAUCUUGAAGGUGUUAAACGAAAAGCCUGUGUUAGACGUUGUAUAUCAUAUUCAUGUUAUCAGGAUAUUUACGCUUUCGAUGAGCUGGAAGAGGGUGAAAUUGAUGUGCGCCUUAAUUCGUUUAAGGGCUGUGUCAUUCAAAGAACCGGCAAUACUAAUCGUCGUGCCACCUAGCAUAGGGCCUUACGUCUUCAAUUCGAUGAAUUUUUACAUGAUUUGCAUUGGAAAUUUUCAAAUUUAUUGAAACAUUUUACCUAGGAAGCAGUAUUAAUUGUUAUUAUUUCUUUUAUUAUGAUUUUAAUGUAAAACUUUUAAAGUGGAUAAUGUUUGCAAAAGUAUUAAUUUAUACAGAUAUUUAUCUAAGAUAUAUUGGAAAUUGUAGCAAUCAAUUAUGAAAACGUAUAAGUAUUUUUCUUAAAUACAAAAUUUUUUUAUCAGAUUAGCAUAGUAAAGAAAUAUACCUGUACUAGUUAGUAUUAUAAUAUAUAACAAUUAUUUAUUUUCAACAACAACAACGUCUUUACAAAGUAAGCCUAAGAGAGUACAUCAACUAUUGAGUAUUUUGUAUAAUAUUGAAACCCGGUUAUAUUGUAAAACACAAAAUUUCGUUUUGUCUGUGUUCGGCGGGACAUUUGGACCUUCUCUAAGGAAAGAUUAGAUUCAAACUUAGAGGUUAGACUACUUGAACAUGUUAUCAACCUAUAAUCAGACCAAAAUGAUACAUUUUUGCAGCGAAAAAUGUCGAGGAAAAUUCCAUGAUCAUAGGGACUAAUUCACGGAUUACGCACUUAGGCUAUUAGGCUCUAUCUCUGGACGUUUGAAAUGUGUUCAUACUACUCUGGUUUACCGGUGUUAAAUCGUACGAUCCUUUGGGCCAUUCUUAGAUCCAAAUGGAAAAUCGUAGCUAAACAAAUGUUUGCAAAUUGCAGGUUCUCUAAAGAAUUUAUAGUUCAAUUCUAGUUUAGUUCUAGUUC